AUGGCCGUCGAAAACCGCGGGCCGCAGCUCCUAGGAGUCAACUUGCUCUUCCUGACGCUAGCCGUGAUCGCAACAUCGCUACGCUGCUAUGUGCGUUUCGUGAUGGUCAAGGCCUUUGGCCUUGAUGACUGGCUGAUGGUUGCUGCCACCGUCAGCUUCAUCAUCUACAUUUCAAUGUCAGUGACCGGCGAGACCCACGGCACGGGUCAGCACCACGCCGCACUCGAGCCGGAGCAGGUCACGACGGCCAUCAGCUACUGGUUCGUGUGCCAGCUGUUCUACGCCCUCACCAUGAUCGUCUCCAAGGUGUCCAUCGGCUACUUCCUCGUCCGCGUGACCGUCCGCCGGCUGCACGCGUGGAUCAUCUGGGCCGCCGUGGCCAUCAGCAUCGUCGCCGGCAUCACCUUUUUCUUUGUCGUCCUCUUCCAGUGCCACCCGAUCAGCGAGUACUGGAUGCGCUACGGCCGCGGCCAGGUCGGCCCCGUCGACAACGGCUCGGGCACGUGCCUCAACGUCGAGAUCAUCAUCGCCCUCGCGUACCUGUACUCGGCCUGCAGCAUCGUCGCCGACUUCACCCUCGCCCUGCUCCCGGCCUGGAUCAUCUCGAGUUUGAAGAUGGACCGCAAGUCCAAGAUCCUCCUCAUCCCGCUCGUCGGCAUGGGCACAAUUGCCAGUGCCGGUCUCGUCGUGCGUUCGCCAUACCUGCUGACCUUUAGAGACCCCGACUUCCUCUACGCCACAGUAGACAUUGCCAUCUGGUCCACCGUCGAGCAGGGCCUCGCCAUCACGGCCGGCAGCCUGGCCACCACGCGACCUCUACUCCGCAUGCUAGGCCAGAAGCUCGGCCUGGCGACCUCGCACCGCAAGACGGACGACGGGCUGGGGUACUCGUCCGGUGCCGGCGGCGCCGGCGCUAACCGCUCCGGCGCGAGCGCGCUGGGCGGCGUGCCCCACAAGCACGGCAACAAGUCCCAGGUCGAGUCGUACGUCAUGUCGUCGAGCAACCGCACCACCCGCAAAGACGGGACCUCGUGGGACGGGCUGGACAGCGACCCGGAGGACGGCAUGAUCUUGCAUGAGCAACAGCAACACCACCACCGUGGCAACGGCAACGGCGGCGGCGCGAUGGGCGGCAGGAACGGCGCGUUUUCGUCGGCCGUGCCCUCGUCGUCACAUGGGGUCUCUGGUGCUGGUGCUGUUUCUGGCGGCGCUGGCGGUGGCGGCAACGGUGGAAGCAAGAAGGGCCACAAGUCUGGCAUGCGCACGCGCACAAUGAGCGGGAGCGACAGCCAGGAGGAGCUGCAGUCGUCUGGCUUGAGCAGCGACAACGUCGUGGUCACCCGGAGCUUCCUCAUUACUGAUGAGAGGGUGUAA